GUUUGUGCAUGCGUGCGAAUUUCAAAUGAAAUGUGUGUAAACUUCUAAAUGGGGGGUAGCGUUCAUUAGACAUACACAUACAUCAAAUAUAUGCAUAUGUAUGUAUGCAUGUGGGUAUGUAAUCUUAAGGGGCUCUAGUUGGCAAUAAAGCAACAAUUAUUUGGUGACAAUGACGACCGACAAACGGAACUAAGAAGUAUGUCGAUUAAUUUGCGGUCUUAAUACAGUAGAAUUCGGAGGUCAAUGAAAACACGUUAACCACACGAAAAGUGCUUUGUUGAAAGACUUCACGGAUCUAAGAAAGAGAGCAAUAUGCCGUUACCUAAGCGAUCUAUAGAGCCGGUGCAUGUGGCUCGAUCUGUUUACCAGCAGGAUGAGCUGCAGUCUGUGGAACUGGAGACAGUGACAAACACUACACUGACAAAUAUAAUAAGGCAACUGUCGUCGCUGUCGAAGCACGCCGAGGAUGUGUUUGGUGAAUUGGCACGAGAUGUGGGCAACAUUGGGGAUCGGGCCAAUUCACUGCAAGCACGGAUUGAUCGGUUAGCGAUUAAAGUAACACAAUUGGAUAGCACCGUGGAGGAAGUUCCACUGACGGAUAUAACGCGCAAGAAGGCAUUCAAAUCGGCCAAGAUAUUCGAUCAACAGAUCUUCUCACGCUCCACAAUGCCCGCCCCAAUGCUGGAGACGUAUGCACAGUGUGACAAACCGCCGCCACUGGACAAGCUCAACGUGUAUCGUGAUGAUGGCAAGGAUGGUCUCAAAUUCUACACGGAUCCCAAUUAUUUCUUUGAGCUAUGGCGACAGGAGAUGAUCAAGGAUACGGAACGUGUCAUGCAUGACAAGGGCAAGAAGAUGCAUCGUCCGCGACAAGAAGGAACUGGCGGUGGUGCCAACAAUCGUCCCAAGAAACGUGUUCGCACCCCGCACAACACACGCGAAAAGCAACGACAGAUCGCUUUAGGCCACGGCGAAACUCUAAUGCCCAAUAAUGUUAUCUAUCGCACGCCCAAUGAGAUGCUCAAUGAAGAGGGCGGAUAUGGCACGCAACUAGUUGAAAUCCAAACUGUAAUCGCCGACAGCGAUUUGCAGCUGGGGACUCUGGCGCGUCGAAGACACAUACAACAUCAGAUACUGGCAAAUAUCGGUGAUGUUCAAGACGUAGACAUGGGAAUUUACGACACAGGGCCAUUGAGGCCCAAUUCGAUUGAGCUGCGGCGUAGUUAUCAGUUAACUGAGCAGAUUGAUGGCACUGGAUAUGAACAACUGACGCCACAGGCGGCGGCUAAUCAGUAUGCAGCUGCAUAUGGAACGAACGGCAUCUCGGGAACGCCACAGAUGCAUCUGCAGCAGCAACAGCAUCAACAGCAAAUGUAUGAUGGCUCGCUUUAUCAUCAGUCGCACGCGAUCUAUGGACAGAGUGGACAGGGUGCAAUGUCACCAGAGCCGAUCUAUGGACCAGGCACACCAUCGCGUAAUAAGCCACGACCAUCGCAACCGCCACCGGCACCACCUUCCAAUGGCAGCGGUGGCGGCACGCCAACGGCAUCGAAUGCCAAUACACCCACACGUGGACGCAGCAUGUCGACGAGUCGGGAUGCUUUGCCGCCGCCGCCACCAGUGCCGGAUGCAGUGUCGCCGUUGUCGGCAAUGAAUGGCGCUGCCAGUGGUCAUAUGGCGGCCAAGCUACUGGGUCGCACCAAUAGCACAUCGCGAGCUGGAUCUCCGCUGAUGGCGCCCAGCAAUAGUGCACAGAAUGCGAAUGAUCUGGUCAUGGCACAGCUGAACAACACAUUCAACAGCAUGACCAUGACAAACAGCAAUCAAUUGAACUCGCUAAACGAUUUGCCGCCACCGCCGCCAGUGCCCGACCAGCACUCACCAAAAAUGUCGCCACCUAAUGUGGCGCCACCGCCGCCGCCACCACCACCGCCAGUGGACGAUGGCAUGAGCACUGCGCAAAUGCCGCCGCAUCCACACCAAAUUAUGCCCAAGACUCUGGCCAACGGCGAGCUGCAUUUAUCCCAAGCAAAUGGUGGCUCGCACAUUGCCAAGAAAAUGCAGCCACCAUUCCAUGAUCCACGCAAUGAUCUAAUGAAAGCCAUUCGAGAUGGCAUAAGUUUGCGUAAAGUGGAAAAGUCCGAGCUUAAGGAAAUAGAACGCAACACGGCUAUGCUGGAUGUGGCCUCGAUCUUGGCCAGACGUGUGGCUAUCGAGCUGUCGGAGUCGGAAGAUUCGGACAGUGAAGACGACAGCGAGGGUUGGAUUGAAACAAAUGAGACCUCUGCUUGAUCCCUGAUGGCUUCAAUCAAGCCGGAUAAGAUUGCAAAAAACAAGAAGAAAAAGUAAUUCCAAAGAUAAUUGAUGCAGUUUUAAAUGCAAAUCGGAUUACUUUAAAGCGCCAAAGCUUUUUUUUAUCAUACUUUUUAAGAGUAUACCUAUAUACGAGCAUACCUAAAUACUAAACACUAAACCUUAAAUCAAAUCAAAAAAUAUUAAACGAAUUGUACAUAUUUACAUGCAUUCACAUACCAAGAGUAAUUAUGGCUAAUACAUGUAAUAUCUAAUCGCUAAAGAAAUCAGACAUAUAUAUACACAAAAACUUUACGUAUUUGUACUCGUAUUCGUAGCAAGGCUAAGCCUAAGCCUAUUGAGGGAAUUAAUACUCGUGUCGUGUUGAUGCAACUAAGGAAAAUUGCUAACUCUUGUCUUUGGUUAUUACUAAAUUCUUGCUUUUCCUCUGAGCUAAAGGAAUGUCACAGAAGAAAGUAUAUAAAUACAUAAUUAUCAAGCUAUUGAGAUGGUAUUUGGAUAUAAUGAAAUAAAAGAAUAUAAAUCGAUAUUUAACAAAUGCAAACUCGAAUACAAAAUGAUUAUUAAAAUCUGCAACA